CUCCCUUUCUUUGCGGGAAUGGCUAACUCUCACUGGCUGUUUCUAUUGCUCCUAGUACAGAUCUAUCAUGUCUCCCAUGCUGAUGUUGGCACAGCUGCUCACUACAGGCCCCCAUAUUUACCUACUGCAUGUUACGGAAGCGAUGCGGCACAGUUUCCGUCGAGCAACCUGUUCGGGGCAGCCGGGGAGGGGAUAUGGGACAAUGGCGCCGCCUGCGGGAGACAGUAUUUGGUGCGGUGCAUAAGCGCGCGUGUGCCUAGAACAUGCAUUCCCGGGCAGACCAUUCAAAUAAGGAUUGUUGAUCGUGCGCUUGAUUCGGUGUCUAGGCCUUCCAGGCAUGGUACUUCCAUUGUUCUUUCUACAACUGCAUUUGGGACAAUCGCCCACGCUUCGGCUGCGUCCAUUAACAUAGAAUUCCAACUGGUUUGAAGGGGUUAUACUUUAUUGAUUUAUCAAGUGAUGGAGCUGAACAUCAGUUUUCCACUUCUAUAAUAUUUUUGACGGAAAAGUCAAUGUGUUUGGUUGAUUAGGCCUAUAUUUUUCUCCAUAGUUAGUAAUAAUAUGUAUAAGUCGAAUUGAAUGAUCGGUUGAUCUGU